UCUGCUCUCUGCCACGCUGCAGCAGCGCACUCUCUCGAACAGCUACGAUGCUGGAUGCUGAACGGCGAGACCUCACUCAGGGGCUACAGUUUGGCUACUCACCCGCUGCUGCGAUCCUCCGAGCACGUUAACCGAGGAGGAGCAAGUCAUUAAACGCAAUUGCUGAUUUAAAGCGAUUACGGCAUCAUUUCUAAGCGAUCAUCAACUUCCCUGCUCCCGACUUCCUGCGGCCUUUAAAUACGCGGCAGACCGCCCUCUGAUCUGUCUUCUCCUUCCCCAUCCUCCUCUCCCACACCUCAAUCAACCGCACAAAUGGCCCCCCGCGUCGCUAUCAUCGUCUACUCUCUCUACGGACACAUCGGAGCCCUCGCCGAGGCUACCAAGGCUGGCAUCGAGUCUGUCGGUGGAAAGGCCACCAUCUUCCAGGUCCCCGAGACUCUCUCCCCCGAGAUCCUCACCAUCCUCCACGCGCCUCCCAAGCCCGACUACGCCAUCGCCACAAACGACACCCUCAAGGAGCACGAUGCUUUCCUGUUCGGUCUUCCCACCCGCUACGGAACCUACCCUUCGCAGUGGAAGUCCUUCUGGGACGGCACCGGCGCCCUCUGGGGUAGCGGCGCUCUGAUCGGUAAAACUGCCGGUAUCUUUGUCUCCACCGGCACCCCGCAGGGUGGACAGGAGACCACCGCCCUCAACUCGCUCUCGGUCCUCGUUCACCACGGAAUCAACUACAUUCCCCUCGGAUACCGCGCGUUCCCCCAGCAGACCACUUUCGAUGAAUUCCACGGAGGAUCACCUUGGGGUGCUGGUACCUUCGCUGGUGCCGACGGCUCGCGCCAGGUGACCAAGCUCGAGAAGGAAAUUGCCGAGACCCAAGGCAGUUCUUUCUACAAGAUCGUCGAGAAGCUCUAUUAGACAACCAGGAACGUUAGCGGCCCAAUCGAAUAAAGCCAUGGUCUCUUUAUGGCUCCAAUUGCUCAAUUACCUCAAUUCCCAGAAAUACAGACAGAUUUAGAUCUCUGAUUAUUCAUUCCGUAGCAAUUGAUGAUAUAUCACUAAUCACAAAACCGCUUUGUCUG